AUGUUGUAAUCAUUUGCUAGCAAUGUUAAUUGUCCAAAUCAUAAUUAACCCAUCACUUAUAUUGAUACCAAGAAAGACACACCCAUCAAUAAUAGGGCUAAAUGUUUAAAUUGUAUUCCUUUGAAUGAUGCUGUUCAAUUAAAAAUUGCUCUAGAAAAAUUUAAGAAAUUGAAAGAAGAUGAAAAAUAAUAGAUUAGAAAUUAUAGAAAAAACAAAAUCUAUGAUUUCUUAGAAUUCAAGAAAGUUAUUCAUCAACUUUCUGAAUCCAUUUCAUAAUCUCUUAAUGAAAUUAGUAAAUAGAUCAAUGAAAGAAUUGAAAAAAUUGUUAGUGUUAUUCAAUAAGCAUAAUCAGUACAAUGGCAAUUUGAUAUUAAUGAAUAUUUGACCAUAAGUGGAUUGCAGAAUAUAGGAUUAUAAUUGAGUUAGUAAGGAAAUGAAUUUUCUCUUAUUAAAGCUGGUUACUCUGUAGUUUAAAUGAAAAAGGAGUAACAAUUACAGACCACUCUAUCUAACUAUUAAAAUAAUAUUAAAUCUAUCCAAAGUAAUAUGGAAAUACUUAAAGAAUCACUAACAACCAAUCUUAUUAUAAAUGAAGAGAUAGUAGGGAAAGCUCCUUAAAAAGAGAAAUGCUUAGCUACAGCCUUUAAUAAAGAUAAUUCUAUAAUGAUAAGUACAUCAGAAGAAUUAAUUAAGGUUUGGGCCUUCGACAAUGGUAAAUUAGAAUUAUUCCAAACAUUAAAAGGUCAUGAUAAGGAAGUCACCUGUCUAUAUUUCAGUCGUAAGAAUAAUUGGUUCAUAUCUGGAAGUCGAGAUAAAACACUUAGAAUUUGGAAAGAGUUUAGUAAUAGUGAAUGGGGAUGUAUAUAGAUUUUAGAAGGCAAUAGUUUUUGCAUUAAUUGUGUUAUUAUGAACUAAUAUGAAGAUCAGAUCAUAUCUAGUAGAGAUGAUAAUAAAAUCAAGGUAUGGAUGCAAGAAUCCUUACUGACAUCAUAAUAACCACAAUGGAAAUGUUAUUAAACUCUACAGGAUCAUAAAAAGGAUGUUUACUCUUUAAGUUUAAGCUCAUCUGGCACUAUGUUAGUUUCUGGUUCUUAUGAUAAAACUAUAAUUAUCUAUGAUAUGGAUGAUUAGUAAUAAUGGAGACUUAAGCAAGUAAUAUCAAAUGAUUAUGAAAAUUGGGUACAUUCAGUUUGUGUAAUCAAUGAUAAGUUGAUUGCAACUAAAUUAUAUAAUGGAGUCGUUAUACUUUAUCAAUAUAUGGAAUCAGUUGAAUCAUUCGAAUAGAUUCAAGAAUUGGAGCUUAGUAAAUCAAAGAUGAGUUACUUUGAUUUCUUUCACAUGUUCUAUAAUCAGUAAUUGUAAUCCAUUUUCUGUCGUCAUCUAGAUUGCAUUUACAUUUUAUUUUAAUAAACAACAGGGAGAUAUGGAGUUCAAUAGAAAAUUACAGAUAAUUAUAGAGGUGGUAGUUUGACUGACAAUGGAGAAUAUAUUGCAUUAUGGAAUAACAGUACUAAAUAAUUAGAAAUAAGAUAAUAAGAGUGA